AGAGAUAUUCAAUAACAAUAUGAAUACAAAAAUUCCUUAGAAUUUCGCCGAAAUAAAAAAAUUAAAGUUAUCAUCUUUCACAAAAUGGAUCUUUACCAACAAUCCUAUGGAAAUGCUUUAGAAAUAAAUACAGAAAACGAGGAAAAGUGGAGGAAAUAUGAAAAGGAUCUGUCGGAAACAAGCGAAACUCUCAAUGAAUUCGUUAAAUCUCAUUCACUUGAUAUUAUGGUUCCAAUGGGAAAGAAAGCGUUUGUUCGUGGUAAACUACAACAUACAAAUGAAGUCACUGUUUGUCAUGGCACUUCACUCUUCUCAGAUGUUUCCACAGUUCAAGCAAUCGAAUUAUUAGAACACAGAAAGAAACUAUGCCAUGAGAGAUUGGAGUCUCUAAGAAAGGAGCGCGAACUCUUCCGUCAUAACGUGGAACUUCCUGAAGAGAUUUUUGAUUCAUCCUUUGGACAGGAAAUAUCAGAAUUAUGCAGUGAAGAAGAAUUGAUCCAAUGGCGAAAGAAACAUGCAGAAAGUGUUAAAAAGCAUAAAAAAAUCGAGUCUGAGAAUCGAUGGAAAGAGUCGGCACAAAAUGGAAGUUUUGAUUUGGAAAAGAUUUUUGAUGAUUUCGAAAUGAUUGAGGAGCUGGCAGAAGAAAUGGAUAGUCUUGAAGUUCGUGACUCUAAUGACGGAAAUGAUGUAUUAAUAAAGAUCAUGAAUGGAGAUGACAGUGAUGUGAAAAUGAGUGAUGAAAGUGAAGAGAAAUCAUUACAACGGCCUGAAAAUCACGUGUCAGAAAUUAACACCAACAGCAACGAUCUAAUUGCACAAAAUAACCAUGAGAUAGUCGAACUCCUCAAGACAUAUCGUAGUAAAAUCAAGGGAGUAUUGAGAAAUGUCGAACGCGAUGAUCAAAGAAAUAUUGGCCUUUAUCUUGAUUUGAAUGAAUUGAAGGAUGAAAUCGAAGACGAUAUUAGAAAAAUGAUUGACGACGAUAUUUCUGAAAGCGAUGAAAGAGAUUCAGACGAUGACAAAACAGAGAGCAUCGAAUUAAAACCAGAAGACAACAAAAGAAAAGUUCGUUUUUCGACAUCUCUUGAGGAUGUAAAGUUGAUCGAAAAUCAGUCAGAUUUGUACAAAUGUUCACCUCCAGAAAAUCACACGAUACAAAUUAACUUCCAACAUUCAGAUGCCAAAUUUUCCUACACUGCCACGGAUGAAAAUUCAGCCACAUUGAUAGCUCAUCCGGGUGAAAUCGUCACAAAAUUUCAACCUAAUUCUCACCUUUAUUUCCCAAAUCUUUCUGCAACUGCUAAAAAAUCCAUUUUAAAAAACAAAAGAAAGGAAACAAAAUUUUCCGAAACAGAUGAUGAAAUUCCUGUGAAGAAAAUCUUCCACUCAAACAAUCAAAUUGUUGUUGGUGAAGUUGUUGAACAUGAUACCGAUGAGCCAAAUUCUGACGAGAUUGUUCACAUUAUGACAAAAGCUGAUGUCACUAAAAAAGUCAGCAAGUUCAAGCAGAUGCGUUUGAAAUGUUAAGUUUCGAAGUGUUUUUCAUUACUAACAAGCGUAUACUUCAGGGAACUUUGUGUUUAAGAUUUUAUUCAAAAUGUUGUGCUUUUUUCUAAAUAAAAAAUUACUCAAAAAUUCUCUUAAAGUUAACAUUUUUAUUUCCUUGAGAAACUGCAAGUGCUUUCACCACUUACACUGACGUUAUCAAGUAAGCAUGUUUGCAUUUAUUUUUGGAUGCAUAUUUGGUUGUUUCUUUGCGUCAACUGGAGGACAAUUAGUGACAAGAGAUGACAUUCGGCUUGAACGACGACUUCCAAUUUCACGAAUUUGUUCCGGUUGCUUUAAAUGAGUGUCGACUUUUUUGAUUGACUUCUCUAAUUUGACUUCGGAAUCAAUAUGAAAUUCUUCGGGAAUCUUCCAAAUAAAAACAGCUCCAUCGGAACCGCCUGUGACCAGAAAUUUCGAAUCCGGGCUGUAUUUGCAGGCAGUAACAAUUCCUGCAUGUCCAAAACCUUGAGCGACGAUGUCUCCUGACUCAUAAUUCCACAACUUUACGAUGCAAUCAUUUCCAGAACUCACGAAAUAUUCGCCGGUUGAAUUGAGUGCCAAACAAUUUAUUGGACCAUUUUUGCUACCUUCUUUCUCCCUCACUAAAGAACCAUCAUAAACUUCCCAAUAACUUAUGGAGCGAUCAGUUCCUGACGUCAAUAUUUGAACAGCAGUUGGAAAAUAUUGUGCAGCAGUAAAUUGAGUGUUUGCAAACAACACGUGCUUACGUGAUAAUCGAGGCAGAUCCCAAAUUAUGCAUGAACCAUCCGAAGAUGCACUAAUGACUUCUGUAUCGAAUUUGUUUAUGUCAACAGUUGAUAUUGGACCAAAAUGUUCUUUUAAAACGCCAAUUAAUGAUUGCUUUUCUGGUUCAAUCUUCCAAACACGAACUUGACCCUCGACACCACCCGACACUAAAGUUUUUCCAUUUGAUGUCAGAGCCACGGCAGUGCAACCUUUGUUAUGUGCAUUUGGAAUUGCAUACAUUAACUUUCCAGUCAAUGGUGUAAAUGCACGAAUGAUUCCAUCAUUCCAUGCAGAAACAAUUGAUUUUCC